AUGGCAAUCACUACUAUUCCGUCCGAAAUCAACUACUAUCACAAGCAGAAAAACUGUAACGAGUAUCCCAUUCAGCAUGUCGGGACAAUCGCGACGAAAAGGCUCGAGUAUACCACCAAGCCAGUCAGCGUAAGAGACGUUCGCACUUGCACCGAAAAGUUCACCGUGGAUACUUCUGGGUUCCAGUUGAUCCAGCAUGGAAUCCAAGAGGAUAUCUUGAACGAAAAGGGCGAGGUCAAGCCGGAAGUCUUCGAACAGGUUCAAGCAGAGCUGAGGAAAUAGUACGCUCCGGUAUUCAUUCUCUUGUUCUCUGGAGAGCUCUAACACAAGCACAGUACCGGUGCCACUCAUGCCCAGGUUCUCAACCACUUUGUUCGCUGCGACUCUCAUGAGUCCGCCUUGAAGCUGGCUGCGGAUCCCAAUCUGGACGACCGAGCCAAGUUGACCGUGCGAUCCCCCAACAUGGCUGCCCACGUUGGUCAGUAGAGUGAUCAAUCUGAAAUUGCAGUGCCACCAAAGGACUGACCUCACCAUGCAGAUCAAUCAUACCGUGGCGCUCAUCAGAUCCUCGAAGUGAUCCCCGAGCCUUUCCAUUCUCAGCUCACGGCCCUCUCCAAUAAAGGCCGCUGGGGCCUGAUCACGCUGUGGAAGCCCAUCAAGCAGGUCCGCCGCGAACCCCUCGCCGUUUGCGACGCUCGUACCGUCCCUGAGUCCGACCUUCGCACUGCCAUCGCCAGUGUCGGCCGUGACCCCCCGCGUCCUGGCCAGUUGAAGGAGCAGAAAGUGUCCAAGACGACCAACACGGAGGAGUGGCUGAUCGAAGCCAACCCCGACCACCAGUGGUACUGGGCCAGCAACAUGAAGCCUAGCGAAGCGUGGAUGUUCAAGAUCUACGAUUCGAAGCUCGAUGGUACAGCACGACGCACUCCCCACUGGUAUGUUUUUCAGUCGCCGUUUCUUUCUUCUGUCAUUGACUGUCCAGCUGCUAACGCUCUGCCACAGUGCCAUCUCGACUCCCUACGAUGAGGGUCCGGCUCGUGAGAGCUGUGAAUUCCGCUGUUUCGUGGCAUGGGAAGACCAGGCUAAGGAGUAG